GGAAAGCACCAAAUGACUGCAGUCAAGACUGAACUAUGAAUGCUCCGAAACAUGAUUCUAUCUUUAUUCUUAUGGAAUGUAGAACAAAGAUAGAAUGAUGUUUGAAAGCAUCCAGAGCGUCUUCCCGACCGCAGCCAAUGACAAGCAAAGAUAGAAAUUAUAUUUAAUUUUAAUUGGAUAAAUCACAGUAUACUGUAUUGCUCAUAUAAUGCUCGAGAAUAAUAAAAUAGUGGUAUUAUGUAAAGGAUUGUCUGAAAUUAGCGAUAAACAGGAAAUGUAUAUAAAGACGUUAGAAUCUGCUGGUUAUACUUGCGAAUAUUUACAAACAUUGCAAUUUGAAUUUGUAAAUAUUUCAGAAUUGCGAGCAUGUCUGUCAACAGCAGAGAAAUAUAGUGGUUUAAUAUUAACGAGUCCACGUACGGUUGAAGCUAUUUCAUUGGUGGUAAAAAAAGAUGUAAAUAUUCUAUAUUCUUGGCAACAGAUACCGGUAUACUGUAUAGGACUUGCAACUGAUUCUCUCGCAAGAAAUCAACUUAAUCUGCAACAUUGUAUCGGUAGUGAAUCUGGUAAUUCAAAGCAAUUAGCUGAAAGGAUUAUUCUUGAUAUAAAAAAAGAUUCAAAACCAUUAUUGUAUCCAUGCAGUGACAUUGCACGAGAAACUAUAGCAUGUAUUCUUAAUGAUAAUGGAGUUACAAUACAAAAAAUUGUGGUUUAUAAAACAUUAGCGAGUGAAUUAUUAGAGCAGGAUUUAUCAAAAAUACUUAAAAAAUCUCCUAGCAUUUUUGUUUUUUUCAGUCCAUCUAUAGUAGAACACAUUACAACACAAUUUAAAAGAAACUCUUAUGAUAUAAAAAAUAUAAAAGCAGUAGCAAUAGGUCCUGUGACAAAACAUGCAUUAAUUAAUUCUGGUUUUAACGUAUAUACCACUGCAGAUAAACCGGAACCGGAAGCUUUGUUGCGCGCGAUCACAACUGCUGAACGUUUGGAAAAUUUAACUGAAAGCACUUUAUGCUAAUGCUUAAUAUAAUAUUAAUAUUAUUUAUUGCUAAUAAUCUCAAUACAUGUUAAAUCUCUGUUUUUUCGCAAAUCAUUGUCUAUUUAUAUAAACAAUAGAACAGAGAUGCAGAUAGACAAGUAAAACUUUUAAU